AUAGACUGAUAAUAUAAAGACCAUGUCUUGUUUCAACAACUUCAACUAUGGACGUGGCAACCACCUUAUGUUAAUCAUAUUCCAUUUGCCAGAGCCAUGGCUAUUUGCUCACAUAAAUACACUUCAUUUCAUGUUUUUCAUCAUGUAAUAAAGUUGGGAUCUCAGGACAACAAUAUGGAUUGGCUUCAGAUCAAUCGGCAACAGAAAGCUAAGGAGCUCUCUGCCAUUUUCGCAGAACCCUUUCAAGUUCUCACCAUCACCAUCCUCAGUAUCUUGCUUCCUCUUUCCUUUCUCCUCCUUGCUAGGCUCUCUUGUUACAGCUAUCUCUUGAGCAUCGCCGCUGAUCCUGCACACCCACCUUCUUCUUUUAUAUUCUCUUUGUUUCUUUACAGUGCCCCAAUAAUUCUUUAUUUUCUUGUUUCAUUUGUUAGUAUAUCGACUCUUCUCCAUGGCUUGACUGGUAGACUUACCGUUCUUAGCGAGUCGCCGGGGGAACUUUACCGAUCCCGUUUGUUCACUGCCUGGAUUUUACUAUGUGCUUUACAAGCAUGCGUCGGCUUGGGCAUUGAAGGUAGCAUAGCAGCUGAAAUUGAUGGCUACAGUUUCAAGAACGAGAGAAGUUUGUUCAGUAGGGUCAUAUUUUUCCUGGGUUUGCAUGAAACUAUGCUUUAUUGGUGCAGAACCGUCGUUAAACCAGUGGUGGACGACACAAUAUUUGGGGUGGUUAGAGAAGAAAGGUGGGUUCAAAUGGUGGCUAUGGCGGUGAGCUUUGGCACUUUAUGGUGGUGGAGGUUGAGGGACGAGGUUGAAUCUCUGGUUAUUGUAGCAGAGUCAAGGAGAGAAAUGUCGGUGGACAUCGGCGUCGCUGACUUUCUCGGUUGGUGGCUGUAUUAUCUGACGGUAACAAUUGGUGUGGUAAGAAUAGUGAAAGGCGUAAUGUGGGUAACAAUGGUUUUGCUUUGUAGGAGGAUUAAAAGGAAUUCUCAUCAAGACCCUUGUGGAAAUGAAGAGAAAGUAUAGUAACAACAAAUUUUUAUUUAAUUGGGCAUUUCUUAUUUUGAGCUGAUAAGUAAUAAUUUCCCAAACUGUACUAAACUCUGCAGCAAGAAUACUGUAUUCAGCCGUUUUUUUCAGCUUUUUUUUAUAAAAAAAAAAUGUAUAAUUAAUUCUUAAUUAUCAGUCAACCUUACAAAGUUUUAUUCUGACAGAUUAUAAACCAUUAUUUUUAUUUAGAUGAGAUGUCCA